GCACAAGAAGUAUCUCCACCUUUUGAUUCCGGCAGAAACACACACGACUAUUUGACUUGUGCUGUCAAAGGGAACGGAUCACGCACAUGUUGGGGAUGAACAAUGAAGUCCUUGCUGGUGUCCUUAAUGCUGGUCUGGUGUGCAGCUGCUCAGCUGAGAGUCCGCAAAGGCUCGGGGGCGGCAUGCACUUUUAAAGACAAGACCUUCAACCCGGGAGACAGCUGGCAUCCUUUUCUGGAGCCCUUUGGACUGAUGCUCUGCAUGCGGUGUUUCUGCACUGAGAUGGGUCAUGUGAGAUGCAGUAAGAUGAAAUGUCCUCCUCUGCCAUGUGACAAGCCAGUAGCAGAUCCUCACCAGUGUUGUCCAAGAUGCACAGAUAAACCGAAGGUCCCAGCGGCCCUGAGAGCUCCAGUGAAAGUGUGCAGAUAUAAUGGAAGUAUUUAUCAACCAGGAGAGACCUUCACCAAACACGACCUUCCUGCAAAGCCAAGAAACCAGUGUGCCAUGUGCUCAUGCUCUAAUGGAAAUAUAUUUUGCGCUAUAAAAACCUGCCAACCAAUCAGCUGCUCCUCUCCGGUCACGGCUGCAGACACCUGCUGCUUGCUGUGCAAAGGUCAAGACUCCACUGGUGGAUCUUCAUCAGCAGAGGAUGCAAACCAGCAGCUCAAUAGAGGCGUCAGGCACUCGCUGCAGCAGUGUUCUGCCGAGCAGGACGCGGCACGUUCCGACCAAACCGGCGUCUGGACUUCCCCCAGACGCCUCAGCCUCAGUGAACUUGACCUCAGAGGGGCUUCUGAGACCAGCGUGAAGAUUUUAAUGCAGCAGAAACACCAGAAAGCAUGUUUGUACAAUGGCAAGACAUACUCGCACGGAGACACAUGGCACCCAGUUUUGGGGAAGGUCCUGGAAUGCAUCACGUGCUCUUGUAGCGACGGCCUACCGGAGUGUAAACGCAUCACGUGUCCCAGUCAGUAUCCGUGUCAACAUCCGGUCAAGUCACCCGGAAAGUGCUGCAAGGCGUGUCCAGAGAGUAAACCUGCAAGUAACCACACUGACUGUUUCCUGGGCAACAAAAACAAAGUGUUGGUCUACAAAGUCGAAUCCGCUGUAAAAGUGGACUCUCCCAGCACGGUUCGGAUCAUCGCUAUUGAAAGAGCAAGCGCUGCUGAGGUGGAGGUGCAAGUAUGGAAGACAGUAGACGGUGUUUUACAAUUAAUGGAAAUAGGUGACAUUGGAAGAAGCGAUAUCAAGGAUCAUCCUGAGGAUUACACCUUACUGACAACAGUCGAUGAAGAGAUGUGGGGAAAAUUCAAAGAUGGAGCAGGGAAACUGGAUCAAGUACAGAGCGUUUGUGAAGACGGCAUGAAGGAGAUGGUCACCUUCUUAGAUCCCAAGCAGGUGGAAGGAUUGUGUUCACCCUGACUUACUUUGGGGGACGGUAUUAGAAACACAUUAUUUUAACCGCAUGGUUUUAUUGUACAAAUGUUUUUAUUUCUGUAUUUAUUGUAAAACAUAUUUUAGUGGGAGUUUGACUAUUUGAAUGCACACAAAUUGUAUAAAAGUGGACGAAGCCUCUAAAUGUGAUGAGCGAAGCAAUAACUGUGAUUUCUUCCAGACUAGCAGGGGGCGAAGUGACAGGACAUGUUAAAGCUGGUAAAAAAGAUUUAAGUGAAAAUACAUUUUAAAAUUAGCUCCCGAAGGACAUCGUUCUGUUCAUUUUGUAAGGCAAAAUGAGGCCAAAUGUGUAUUUGUUGUGUUGUGCUUCUUUGUUUAAAGAUGGCAGCAGCUUUUUUGGAACUCGAAUCCUUCAACCCUCUUUAAAAAUAUAACUGA